UAAUGAUUCUAAGCAGACAAUUUUAGGUAGUCUUUUGCUUUGAUACUUCUGCAAGUUUCAGUAAUCAGUAUGAGCUGGUGCAAUUUGAAUGGCAGCUGGAGAAGCCAUGAAACCUGGAAAACAAUCUACCUACUGUUCCUGGGUCAGGUUGUCUCUUUUGUACUUGCACUCGGUAGCUUCACUUCGUCUCUGAUAGCUGAUCUUGGUGUAGAUGCACCACUUAGUCAGACUUUGUUUCCUUACUUCUUUUUGGCUUCUGUUUAUGGGAGUAUUUUGCUGUAUAGGCGUAAGAGACUACUGGUUUCUUGGUAUUGGUAUCUCCUUUUAGGUUUUGUUGAUGUUCAUGGGAAUUAUCUUGUUAAUAAGGCAUACCAGUUCUCAUCAAUCACCAGCGUGACGUUAUUGGAUUGUUGGACAAUACCAUGGGUCAUGAUUUUGACAUGGUUCUUUCUAGGCACUCGGUAUUCCCUGUGGCAGUUAUUUGGUGCAGCCAUAUGUAUCAUUGGCCUUGGCUUAGUGUUCCUCUCUGAUGCUGGGGUGGGCGGUGGAGAUGGUUCGAAACCUCUGCUGGGGGAUGUACUUGUCAUUGCUGGGGCAGUUUUCUAUGCAAUGAGCAAUGUUGGUGAGGAAUUCUGUGUUAAGAAAAAAAAUCGCAUUGAAGUAGUUGCAAUGAUUGGUGUCUAUGGAUUUCUAGUGAGUGUGGUUGAAGUAUCUAUAGUGGAGCUCAAGAGUCUGGAAUCAAUUGAGUGGUCUACAGAUAUUAUAUUAGCCUUUGCUGGGUAUGCUGUAUCAACUUUUAUGUUCUACACCGUUGCUCCUUUCGUUCUUCAGUUAAGUGGAGCAACGAUGUUCAAUCUCUCUAUCCUAACUUCCGACAUGUGGGCAGUUGUAAUUCGCAUUUUUUUCUACCACCAGCAGGUUGAUUGGUUAUACUAUCUAUCUUUUACAAUUGUGUGUAUUGGACUUGUCAUCUAUUCAACAACUGAGAAGAAUUAUGUUCCUGUACCUGCCAUCGAGGAUGGAAACUCCAAUACACAAUACGAAGUGCUUACUGAGGAAAUUGAAGCGACUAGAAAUGAGUCUUUGGUUUCGUGAGGGGCAGGGCAGAAUCCAGUAUAAUUAGGGGUGGAACUAGAAAUUCAUACGAGGUGGAAGCAUUAACAAUUAUGAAAAAUAAACUAAGUAAGAGGGUUAUAUAAGAAGUAAGAAUAUUAGGGGGACUGCCUAUCUGGUCAGUAUAAAAUCAAACUGAAAUAUGAGGGUAAAUCUUGAGAUUCUAGAAAGUUUGAAUGCCAUGGCCCCAAAACAGGUAUGUAGUUCCAAGAAAAAUUUGAGUUUUAUAUCCCAACUAGUCAUAGACCCACGGGAUACAUGAGAAUAUUAAUUAUAUUGAG